GUGUUUACAUACACAUCUUGUAAACAAACACUAUCAUUUCGUAUUGUUUUUGUUUACAAAACGGACGUUUUGUGAUUAAAAAUGGAUUCUAUUUGUAACGAUGUUUGUAGCCCAGCAGCUUCACAACUCAGCGGUUUGCAGGAAAUGCACACAGAUUUUGACAGCUGGAUUUGUAAAUUCAGCAGAUAUUGUUAUACAAGGUCUCCACAAUAUUGUACCUGCAAUGGUGGUCAUCCACAACAUUUUACCUGCACCAGUAGUCAUAAUGAUUUGUUGAAAAGCAAACAACAAAACGACAACACUGAUGCCCAAUACAUUACCAUAAACGAUUUACUAAUAGAAGGCUAUUUAUUUAGUAAGAAUCAAAAUAUUAAUAGCAAGAAUUUUAUGAAUAAUGAAUUGAACGUAUUUUUAAGUUUAGUCAAAGAUGAGGACGUCUUUGUUAAUUUUGAUAGCGUUUUAUUAAAAUUGAUAAAUGGUAGAAGGAAACAUUUUCAUCAAUAUACAAAAUCGAAAUUGUGAUUUUUGUUUUAUUGACGUGAUAACGUCUAAUAAAUCGAUGAACGCCGGUGGUAUGCACCAAAAAGGAUGACUCAUUGCGUUAAGCUCAUUGCCCCGUUACGCUCAGUGAUACUAUCACUCGAUUGGCCUAUAUGUCCGAGGAGAUGUUUUGUUAUGACGUUGUCACGUUAAGCUAACGUCCGUAAACCAACUUUACAGACAACCAAUUUUUUUAAAAUGAUUUUGUGUAUAAAGUUAUACUAUUAUAAGUUUGUUACUACUUUUAACGAUUGUGAUUUACUCCACAACAUUAAAAUGUCAGUCCUAAAUUCCUAAUGGACUGUCCAAAUGGUCAUAAAACACUACAAUAUUAAUGAAGAAAGACUUUUUUUACUUUUCUAACGUUUCGAAUAAGUGAUAUUAAAUUAGUAGAUUUUAUCUUUAAAUGUACUUGUGUGUGCGUGUGUGUGUUUUUGUUAAAAUACCAAAGUAUUACAUAGUUAAAAACUAUUGUUAUUAUUUGUAAAUUGAAAUAUUAAUAAUUUACGCUUGUCCUAAUUUAUACUUUUCCCAGAGCAUUUUUCAUCAGUGUCAUUCAUAGACAUUAUACAUUCUACACAAACUUCUAAAAUAAUCUGUAUUAGUAAUGGCUACCUUUUUAUUGUAUUUUUAAUCUGUACACUUGUCAUCUUUCAUAUAUCCGACUAAGGAACGGUUUCAUCGGUUGUGGACGAACAGACUUAACCAGCAGGAGAUAUUCAAUUCUCAAUUAUUAAACUAGAAUUCUUUAAUGUACAUUCGCGAUAAAAAUAUCUUAUAAGUAUAGUAGAAUUCAAUGGUAAAAAGUAUAAUAUAUCUUAAGCUUAUAUCUGUUGGUUACCGUCAUCCGUCAAAUAGCGUAAUUCACAACCGGUAAAACAGGCCCUGAUUUAUAAUUGUGAGAAUGAUUGUGAUGAUUAUUUAACCACUGCCACCGCGUGGUCAUAUCAAGUACAUAAUUAUUUUGUUACGAAUUGUAAAUAUUAUUUAUAAUUUUGAUAAAUAAAAGUUUAAACUAAAUAU